AUGAAUAAUGGAAUGACACCUUUCUAUAUAGCUUGUGAGUAUAACCAUUUAGAAGCAGUACGAAUGCUGUUAUUUUAUAAUGCUGACGUAAACAAAUGUGAGAAAACUGGAUGGAGUCCAUUACAUGUUGCUUCUCAUUUCAACCAUAAGGAAGUAGUAGCAUAUAUAUGUGAUCACAGUGCUGCAGUAGUAAACCUUUCGAAUAAAAAAGGUGAAUCGCCAUUACACAUUGCGUGUAGUGUAGGUCAUAAAGACAUAGUAACACUAUUAUUGAAACAUGGUGUUUCUAUUGAUCAUUGCAAUGAAAAUGGAUUUAUCCCGUUUCAUUUAGCUUGUUACUAUGGUAAUAAAAACAUUGCAGAAAUAUUAAUUAAAGCGGGCGCAGUAGUUAAUGGAGUUAACGAAACAGGAAACAUACCAUUACUUUUAGCCUGUUACCAUAGGCAUACUGAAAUAGCUAAGUUAUUAAUCGAAAAUGGUGCAGAAGUUAACCGUCCAAAUGAGCAUGGUCGAACCGUACUUUACAGUGCCGCUGAAAACGGAAAUACAGAUCUAAUUAAAAUUUUGAUAGAACAUAAUGCAGACGUAAACGUCCAAGCGAAUAAUGGUAUGACACCAAUUUAUAUAGCUUGUAGGGAAAACCAUUUAGAAGAAAUAACAAUUUUGUUAAGUUAUAAAGCUGACAUAAAUAGAUGUGAUGAAAUUGGAUGGAGUCCUUUGCAUGCAGCUUCUUAUUACAACCAUAAAGAAGUAGUGGCAUAUCUAUGUGAUCACAGUGCUGCUGUAGUAAACCUUUCAAAUAAAGAAGGCGAAUCGCCAUUACAUCUUGCUUGUCAUGAAGGUAAUGAAGACAUAGUAAAACUAUUAUUAAAACAUGGUGUUUCUAUUGAUCAUUGCAAUGAAAAUGGCUAUACCCCGUUUCAUUUAGUUUAUUCCGAUGGUAGUAAAAAUAUUGUAGAAAUAUUAAUUAAAGCUGGUGCAGUAGUUAAUAAAGUUAACGAAACUGGAAACUCGCCAUUACUUUUAGCUUGUUACGAUAGGCAUAAUAAAAUAGCUAAAUUAUUACUCGAUAAUGGUGCAGAAGUAAAUAGCCGUGGUGAAAAUGGUCGAACACCUUUAUAUAUGGCUGCUGAAGAUGAUAAUACAUAUCUGAUUAAAACUUUAAUCGAACAUAAUGCAGACAUAAACUUGAAUACGAAUAUUGGAAUAACUCCAAUUAAUGCAGCUUGUCAGUUAGACAAUUUAGAAUCAGUAAAGAUGUUGAUAAGUUAUAAUGCAGACGUAAACAAAUGUGAUGUAAAUGGAUAUAGUCCAUUACAUAUAGCUUCUCAUUGUAACCAGAAGGAAAUAGUUUCAUAUCUGUGUGAAGCAGGUUCCGCAGAUGUAAAUCUUUAUAAUAAGAAAGGAAAAUCGCCGUUACAUCUGGCUUGUAAAAAAGGGAACGACGAUAUAGUAAAACUAUUAUUUACACAUGGUACUUCCAUUAAUCAUUGCGAUAAAAAUGGCUUAACUCCGUUACUUUCAGCUUGUUCUUAUGGUAAUAAAACUAUAGCAGAACUUUUAAUCAAAAAGGGUAUAGAAAUAAGCCACUCUGAUAGGACUGGAAGAACGCCACUAUAUACAGCUUGUCUUAGCGGUAAUACAGAUUUGGUCGAAUUAUUACUCAACCAUGGAGCAGAAGUAAAUAAGGCAGCUCAAGAGGAAACUAAAGAAGGCUGGGCACCUUUGCAUGUUUCAUCGGCUUCCGGCAAUACUUGUAUUACUAAUUUACUGCUUCUGAAUAACGCAGCCGUCAACAAAGAAGAUAACAAUGAACAUACUCCUGUAUACUACGCUACGAGAUAUAAAUACAGUGAAAUAGUAGAGAUUCUUAUUAGUCAUGGAGCUAUUUUAAUCAACAGUGAUGAUAAAAGUUCGCCUUUGGUCACAAGAUUAAAAAGAAAGAAACGUUGUGUAAUUAAUCAAUUACAAGAAAAUGCACAUACAGAAGAAAAUCUGGAAGACCAGAAAAAGGCAGAACUAAAAACGUAUAGACUAAGAAGGUACGGGGAAAAUAUAUCAGGUCAAGAAGUCAGUUGA